AUGUCCAUCCGAUCGUUUCCCAGGCACAGGACGGUAGACCCCAAUAUCGCCCUCCCGAUUGAAUACCGGACCGUAUCUUUCAAUAUUGCCGAGACCCAAGAACGACAACCUGAGAAAACUCCAAAGGACAAGGAAGGAGACGUAGAGCAUGAGAUUGCGCUACUUGAAUGGCAUAUUCUGCCUGUCGAGGACGUGCUCAGCCGUCUGUCUGUCUCUGCGAAACAGGGCCUCUCCACGGACCAAGUAGCACGCAAACAGAGCGAAUUCGGUCCCAAUUCUCUGACACCACCUCCCUCUCGUUGGUUCAUAAAGACGCUCGGGUAUCUCUAUGGGGGGUUUGGAUCAGUCCUCUUUGUCGCUGCGAUUCUUGUCUUCAUCGCUUGGAAACCGCUUGGUCAACCACCGGCCAUUGCGAAUCUGGCUCUUGCUAUUGUUCUUGCUGUUGUAUGGGUUAUUCAGGCUGGGUUCGCCUUCUAUCAAGAUUGGUCGAGCUCGCGUGUGAUGUCCUCUAUCUUAACCAUGCUUCCUGACGACUGCAUCGUUCUUCGCGAUGGCACAAAGGUUGAGGUCAGUGCAACACAGCUGGUUCCCGGUGAUAUCCUUUAUGUACGGAUAGGCGACAAGCUCCCCGCAGAUGUUCGCUUCCUCGAGGCCAGCCCUGAUGCGAAAUUCGAUCGUUCAAUCCUUACCGGCGAAACUCUCCCCAUGCGCGCCGCUGUGGACUCUAAUGAAAAUAAUUACCUGGAAACGCCCUGCAUCGGCAUGGCCGGAACCCAUUGUGUUUCCGGCCACGCAGUCGCCGUAAUCGUGUCGACUGGCGACCGAUCCGUUUUUGGCCGGCUAGCGAAACUUACUAGCACACCGGACACGGGAUUCACGCUCCUUGAAAAGGAGAUUUGCUACUUCGUCGCUGCGAUUGUGAGUAUCAUGAUUACCAUGGUACUUAUUUCUGUCACUAUUUGGGCUGCAUGGCUUCGAAAAGACCACCCAGAAUGGAUCAGUGUCUCCCUCUUGAUUGUGUCCUGUGUCAGUAUCGCAGUCGCGUUCAUCCCGGAAGGUCUACCAAUUGCUGUCUCUGCUAGUUUGACAAUCACUGCCAACAUUAUGAGGAAAAACAAGAUUCUAUGCAAGUCUCUUAAGACAGUGGAAACACUCGGCUCAGUCAGUGUAAUCUGCUCCGACAAGACGGGUACAUUGACAAAGAACCAAAUGACUACAUCCGACUGCCUCGUCUCGUCCGAGGCCAUGACUGCCAACGCGGCCAUCGGUGCUCUCGAGCUCGGCCAAAAAGAUGAAUAUGCCUCUCAAAUCUCUCGCGUUCUCGAAGAAAUUGCUGAAAUCGGUGCCCUCUGCAAUGCUGGCGAGUUCGAUGCUUCCACGAUCAAUCUCCCGGCAGAACAACGCAAGGUCCACGGCGACGCAACGGACUCGGCGAUUCUGAGGUUCAGCGAAGCGCUCAUUCCAGUGAGCCAGACGAGAGAAAAAUGGCAGCGUCUGUACCGGCUUGCCUUCAACAGCCGAAACAAAUUCAUGAUCCAAGUCAUCUCUCUGGCCAACCAAACGGCCCCAGAGAAGACAGCUGAAGGAUUCCUAACCGUCAAAGGCGCUCCUGAUAUUCUCCUCCCACGCUGUCUCUUCUACCUCGACAACAACGGCUCCACAAAGCCCAUGACUGAGACUCACCGUGCCCAUGUUGGAUCUCUCAAGGACAACUGGUCCGGCCAAGGGAAACGCGUCAUUCUCCUCGCAUGCAAGAAGCUACCCAGCACCACCAUGGCCAUAUCUAUGGAGACCAGCGAAUUUGAAGACUCCAUUAUGGAUGAAAGCAAAGGCGGUCUGGAGCUCGUUGGCCUUAUCGCCAUCGUCGACCCUCCCAAAGACGAAAUCCCCGAUGUGGUAUCCACAUUGCGUGGCGCGGGUAUCAAAGUUCACAUGGUCACCGGAGAUUUCAAGCUCACAGCCGUCGCGAUUGCGCGCGACUGUGGCAUUAUUACGGUUCCCAAGGAUUCGAUUGACGACGCCGGUGCACUUUCACUCUAUAAAGCCGCAGAUGUCAUCCGCAAGGAACCCAGAGCCAUCGCCAUCAAUGGACGCGACAUGCAAGCCCUUGAUUAUAGCCAAUGGGAACAGCUUUGCGGCUACGAUGAAAUAGUUUUCGCGCGUACCACCCCUGAACAAAAACUGCGGAUCGUCAAAGAACUUCAAGCACGCGGUGCCAUCGUCGGAAUGACCGGUGACGGUGUCAACGACGCCCCCUCCCUCAAAACUGCAGACAUCGGCAUCGCCAUGGGCAACGGAAGCGAUAUCGCCAUCGAGGCUGCGGACAUGGUCUUGCUCGACAGUUUCGCGGCCAUCAUCGAAGCCGUCAAAUACGGGCGGGUUGUGUUCGACAAUCUCAAAAAGACAAUAUGUUUUCUAUUGCCUGCUGGGUCUUUUUCCGAAUUCACCCCAGUGAUCACUAACAUUGCGUUCGGCCUGCCGCAAAUCUUAUCGUCAUUUUUGAUGAUUAUCAUUUGCUGCUGUACCGAUUGUGCGGCGGCGACGGCAAUUGCGUACGAGAAACCCGAGGCAGAUGUGCUGUUGCAGAAGCCGAGAAACCCGAAGAAAGAUCAUUUGGUGACGUGGAGACUGGUUCUCCAGGCGUAUGGGUCCACAGGAAUGCUGAUGACCGUGAGCUCCUUCACUAUGAGCUAUUGGUAUGCGGAGAGAAAUGGGGUGCCGUUCUCGGUGCUGUGGUUCGGAUUUGGCAAGACUCCCGACGGAAUGAGUACCGAGACGAUGGUUGGGGUCUUAAACAUUGCAUCCUCGAUCUAUUUCCUGAAUCUGGUCAUCAUGCAAUGGUUCAACCUCAUGGCUGUCCGUACUCGUCGCCUGAGCAUACUCCAGCAUCCUCCACUCUUCCGAAAAGAGACUAGGAAUCUUUACCUCUUCCCUGCCAUCAUCUUUGCACUCCUCGUUGCUGUGCUUUUCCUCUACGUCCCACGGAUCCAAACGGUCCUUGCAACAACCGCGGUACCUGUCGCUCACUGGUUUUUGCCAAUGGGCUUCGGAAUGGGUCUUCUGCUGUUGGACGAAGGGAGGAAAUAUUGCGUCCGGAACUUCCCCAAGAGUAUCAUUGCGAGAAUAGCCUGGUGA